AUGUAAUAAAUUUCUUAAAAAAUAUCAAUAAAAGAUUACUAACUCCCUGAAUAAUUAUCAUCAACUGCACACACUUAAGUAUAUAAAUGUAAAAAAGACGAAAACUACUACGCAAUAAAAAUAAUACUUACUAAAGAGGCAAAAAAGCGUGCCAUUAAGGAAAUAAAUGUCUUAAAAAAAUUAAAAGGUAAAUUAUUUAUAAUUUAAUACAUUGAACAUUUCGAAUAUAACGACAAUAUAUGCUUUAUAACGGAAUAUUUUCCUAGUAUAACCUUAUUAUAAUACUUGGUAAAAUAAAAAUAAUGCCGCCUAUAGUCACAGGAAGCUCUUUUUAUAUUUAGAAACAUUUUAGAUGGUUUAAGAACUAUUCACACAAACAAUUUGAUCCACAGAAAUAUAAAACUAGACAAUAUACUAAUAAACGAAAUAGAAAAAAUACCCUAAAUUUGCGGUUUUGGAAUAUCUAAAGCCCUAAAUAUGAAUGAAUUAACCUGGUCUUUAUUCGGAUCUUUAAGUUUUACAUCUGUAGAGAUAUUAUUUGAUACUCCCUAUAAUUAUAAAACAGAUAUAUGGUCUUUAGGUGUGGUUUUAUUUGCUCUAACAUGCGGAUAAUUACCUUUUGGAUCGGAAAUGACUAAACAAAAUCAAUUAAAGAAUUUAAAAAAAGUCUGCACACCCCUUUUUUUAUUCAAGAAUGUUAAAAAUAUAUGCGAAAACCUCAAUAUGUUGAUUUUGGUGAUUAGAAUGAAUAAUGGUAAUUUUGAUGUUUAAGUAUUAGGAAAUUCAUUAAACUAAAUAAACGAGAGAUAAUGCAGAUUUUAAAUAGAGGAAAUUUUUAAAAAUUUCCUUCCAAAAUUAAAUUUAAAAGAUAUAGAACAAAAUAAAUUUUUAUGA